CGUUUUAGAAUGAUUACAAAGAGAGAGAAAGAAAGAGAGCGAGAGAGAGAGAGAGAGAGAGAGAGAGAGAGAGAGAUUAUGCGUAUACAACCCUUGUCUUAAUCCUAUGAGCGGAUAGAUUUAGAGUAAAAAAACUACUGGUUUGGAGCAAAACAGCCAUAUUUUAUGGACCAUUCGCGGAAUAACUCAACUUCCAGCAGCGUGGGAGAACAGGUCGAAACUUUUCUGGCUGCUACGGGAUUCGCUUCGCAGAUGGCCCUUUAGCUAGCUGCCAACCCAGCUCCUCCGUUUUUAUUUAUUCAAUACAUUGUAAAUUGUGAAAGCCGUAGAUACAGCGAUGAAGGACCGCUUGGAGCAGUUGAAGGCGACAUGUGAUCAUGACGAUGAAGAUGUUGAGAUUGCUGUGGAUAAUCCUGCCUUCAUGGACGAGUUCUUUGGCCAGAUUGAAGAUAUCAAAAUCAGCAUUGAUAAGAUUGAUGAAAAUGUUGCUGAAGUGAAGAAACUUUACUCAGUUAUUCUGUCUGCACCAACAUCUGAUCAGAAAACACAAGAUGACUUGGAGGCCCUUACUAAUGACAUUAAGAAAAUGGCCAACAACGCUCGAAACAAGCUGAAGACCAUUGAAAGGAAUCUUGAGGCAGAUGAGGAGCAGAGAGUGUCAGCUGACAUGAGGAUACGCAAAUCACAGCAUGCUGUUCUAUCUAGAAAGUUUGUGGAUGUGAUGACAAAAUACAACGAGGCUCAGGUGGACUUCAGAGAGAAGAGCAAAGGACGCAUCCAGAGGCAGUUAGAGAUCACUGGGAAAGCCACAACUGAUGAGGAGCUAGAAGAGAUGUUGGAGGGAGGGAAUGCAGCUGUUUUCACUGCAGGGAUUGUAGAUUUGGGGAUCUCCAAGCAGGCACUAAAUGAAAUUGAGUCACGGCACAAAGACAUUGUGCGUCUGGAGGGAAGCAUCAAGGAGCUGCAUGACAUGUUCGUAGACAUCGCCAUGCUCGUGGAGAGUCAGGGUGACAUAGUUGAUAAUAUAGAGGUGAAUGUAUCAAAAGCAGUGGAUCAUGUUGCAGUGGCAAAGGCUGAAACCAAGAAAGCAGUCAGGUAUCAGAGCAAAGCACGGAAGAAAAUUAUCAUAUUGGGUGUGGUGUGUCUUGUGGUUGUGGUUAUCAUCAUUAUCAUCAUCCUCACACAGACACUCUGAGAACAUGCACCUACGUGUCACCACACGCACCCUUCAGCUGUGUCCCCGCCGUGCUUUCAUACAUCCCUGACAUCCCUGUCUCUAUUUAUAAUGCUGUCCAUCUUCAACCCCUACUAAAAGUCAAGAGGUGAAACAGAAGACAAACACCCCCAUCUCCCAUCUGCCAAUCUGCCCCUUGCUCUCCAUGUCAAGUGGACAACGACUCCAGUGGAUGCCUAAAGCUGGGCAUAUCAUGAAGGGAAUUUGUUUUGGAAAAUGGACAGGAUCAAUACCCAGAAAAGAAGGAUUUUAUUUAAGUAUGGAGAGGAACAUAAAGACCUAAACAUUUACAAAUUUUAGAGUGUAUUUUUAUAGUGUGGUGUCAAAACGGACAAUGCCAAAGACUUUGUCCUUAAAUGUUGGAAUCUACAAGUGGUCUCAUACUUCUUUCUUUAACUUAUUUUUCUAUUUAAACAGUUCUUUACCCCACAUUCUCCCAAAGACAUCAAACUUAAGAAUUAACACCCAUCAUUUCACAUAUAGUGACCAUUUCACAUCACUGAGUGAAGAAUGAGACUGGAGUGUAUGAAGCAGGAGUAUGACCUGCCUGACUUCCUGCCUUGAAGUGCUCUCAGUGCAAACUUGUUAGUUACUGAUUUGAGUGAAGAGAUUCUAGGUGUUGUAAUGGACACUUCUUGUGUUCAGUUGAACAUCUGUUGGGCUGUACACUGCUACACAAUAUGGUAUGGAUUUUCUUAGUAUGAUUCCAGGGAUUGUGAAUCGAAACUCGUCCCCAAAGUUCUCAACAUGACUGCAUACAGUGAAAUGGAUUUGAAGUGUGCCUACCUUUUAUGUGUGCACAGAUGAGCAAGAGAGAGAAAAUCCACUGUUUUGGUUACUGACAAAUGCCUCCCUCCAUACUACAAAUAUCAGUGGUCUGGCACUGUUGUACUUUGGAGAAAAUAGAAAACAAAGCACAGCAUAACAUUUUGGACAAUUCUUUUGUGUGUGAAAUGAACUUUUGGAAUUCGUGCGAUUAAUCCUCAACAUCCUGAAUCGGAGUCAUUACCAAAAUCUAUGGGAUCAAAUAGCCCUAUUAAGCAGUUAUUAAUCAGUUUCCAUAUUUGAAUUAAAGCCGUAUAUCGUGACGUGAUCAGUGGUCUGCCAGUUUGCAUCGAAUAUGUUCUCAUUGUCUCAGUUUUAUGGUCAUUUUAACAUUGGCUAAUAAGUAUAAAAAUAAUGAUUGUAAAUCAAGCAAUCAAAUUAGUAAUGCUGUUUGCCCAGUUGGUAAUGGUCAUUAGGUCAUCCUUAACUAAGACCAGCCACUAAGACUGAUAAAUGAUUUACAUUAGGUUUAAAUAAUUAUUUUGUGUUUAAAUCUUUACUCUUGUCUGUGUACACCUAAUACAUCAUUUAAUGAAUAAAUGAGUUUGUAAUUUUAA